GGAGCAGCGCUCCAAAAGCUCCUGCCGCCUGGUAAACCUGUUGGACUAUAACCUGGUGUUGGGCGGUUGUUAACUUGCUCCACCCCAGUCACUUCAUGCUGUCAGCAGACCGAGCUAUGUCCCUGCGGCCAGGAUGUGCUCACUCACCUCGGGAUUGAGGCUUUAAUAUCUGCUGCCGGGGAUCCGGCUCAAUCCGCCGGCGCUCCACACUCGCCCCGACCCCGCAACCCCCCCCACCCCACACCCCACACCCUACCCCACACCCCCCACCCCCCAGUGACGCGACCUCGGCUCUGGGGACGGGUUGCAUUUUGUGGCAGAGACAGAGGCGGACGGUGACCAUGAGGUGUCUGAGCUCCACUUUCCGUAUAAUGACCUUUUGUAAGAAUCGGCGGAUAUUUCUGUCCAAAUCCUUGCUGCGAUAUUUGAGUGUCUCUGCCCCUUGGGGCACCACAGCAGAACAGAAGGUGCCCUCCAGCAAGAUUCUCAGACAGGAUAUAUCAACAUCAAAGAGCCCAACUAAACCACUGCCAGAACAUGCCGAUGUGGUGAUCAUGGGGGGUGGCAGCCUGGGAUGCCACACCUUGUACCAUUUGGCAAAAAUGGGCAUCUCCAAUGUGGUGCUGCUGGAACGAGACUGGCUGACCUCUGGGACCACAUGGCACACUGCUGGUCUGCUGUGGCAGUUGCGACCCAGUGACACGGAGAUUGAGCUGCUGAAGCACACGAGGGAUGUUGUAAGUAAAGACCUGGAAGAGGAGACUGGGCUACAUACAGGCUGGAUUGAAAAUGGUGGCCUUUUCAUAGCCUCCAACAAGCAACGAUUGGACGAAUAUAAACGCCUCAUGUCAAGUUUCUAUCACAAACAUCUGGGUCAAGUGGAACUUGAAGCCAAGUCUGCUCCAGAGGUAAGGACACUACCAUGACUGGACCUGUAUUCC